AAGAGAAAGUGGUCGAGCAGUGAAAAUCUCGUCGUGGUUUUGUUGCCUACUCUUUGUUGGGUGUGCGCUGUGUGUGACAACCGUACAGCCCGUCGCAACAACAGCAGCAGCGGCAGCAGCGGCGGCGGUGGUGGUGUAUUUAUCAUCGCAGCAGCCGAGGGGAGUGAAAGGAACCGGAGGAAGGAGAAAGAAAGGAUUUACGGACACCGACCAAGCAUGGCUACCCAAACGACAGCAUCAUGCACUGGAUCUACUCUUUUGCAGCCAAUCAGCGAAAUUAUCAAUCUCCCUGUUGACCAGGUUAACUUUGUGGCAUGUCAGCUGUUCGCCCUGCUGAUGGCCGUGUGGUUUCGGAUCUACCUCCAUCCCAGUAAGACCAGUCCAUUUAUCAGACAUGUGGUGGCCACUCUUCUGGGCUUCUACUUAGCUCUCUUCUGCUUUGGCUGGUAUUCCCUCCAUUUUCUGGUGCAGAGUGGUCUGUCCUACAGUGUGAUGGUCUUUGCUGGUCUGGAGCACAUGCACAAGUACUGCUUCAUUGUGACGCUUGGCUACCUGCUAUUAUGUCAGAUCACACGAGUCUAUGUGUUUGACUAUGGCAUGUACUCUGCAGAUUUUACUGGGCCCAUGAUGGUUAUAACACAGAAGAUUACCAGCUUGGCGUUUGAAAUACACGACGGUUUGACCAAGCGUGAGGGGCAGCUGACUCCCAGCCAGAAAUACCUAGCUAUCAGUCGGAUGCCCAGCUUGCUGGAGUACUUGAGCUACAACUGUAACUUCAUGGGCAUCUUGGCAGGGCCCACCUGCUCUUACAACGACUACAUGGCUUUCAUCGAAGGCACAUGCUACCAGCCACGCCACCAGGAGAACGCCAACGGCAAAGAGAACGGGAAGUACAAGCAGUGCGAACCCUCGCCCAAGAAUGACGUCAUCGCCAAGCUGUGUACAUGUGCCAUCUCGCUGGCUAUCUAUCUGUCACUGUGCCAGCUGCUCCCAGUGGAGCACUCCAUAGACGAUGACUUUGUCAGCUCCACACCCUUCCACCUUCAGGUCAUCUACCUUUAUCUGGCAAUGCUAGCUCUGAGGCCAAAGUACUACUUUGUCUGGACACUUGCCGAUGCUAUCAACAACGCUGCUGGAUUUGGCUUCAAUGGUUACAACAAAGAUGGCUCCCCACGGUGGGACCUGAUAUCAAAUCUCAGAAUUCUGGACAUUGAGUUUGCCACCAGUUUCAAGAUGUUCCUAGACAACUGGAAUAUCCAGACAGCUCUCUGGCUCAAAAGGGUGUGCUAUGAGCGCUGUCACAUCAACCCCAUGGCUGCCACCUUCCUGCUGUCAGCCAUGUGGCACGGGGUGUACCCUGGCUACUACCUGACUUUUCUCACUGGCAUCGCCAUGACCAUGGCCGCACGUGCAGUAAGGCACAACAUCAGACCAUACUUUCUGGUCUCAGACUCAUAUACGCGCAUCUAUCAUGUCAUCACGUGGGCAUGGACUCAGGUCGCCAUCAGCUACACAGUGGCGCCAUUUGUCCUACUCGCUGUGGGACCCUCACUCAAAUUCUACAGGUCCUGGUACUAUUGCUUACAUCUCCUCUGCCUCUUGGUGGUACUGGCCCUACCUGUCAAAUCGAGACGCCGGCAGGCCAAAGAGCAACAGGACGGCACACAGAAGGACAGCUUACAGGACAACCAGACAGACCACAACAACAGCACAGACAGCAACUGCAACAAGAAAAAUGAAACCACAUGAGGAUUGGGACAGCGACGCACACUCCCUUCGGCAGCAGAAACACUGAGACAAACUAGAAACCACUGAGAGCUGGAGUGUGGCGAGUCUGUUUUACCUGACAAAGAACCAAAUAUCGGACGCUCUGAGAAUCCUAACAGACAGACAACAAAAUCAAUUUUCUGUCAAAACCUCACCAGUAGCAAGGAUGACAGCAAUCACAGUUUUUGACAUGGAUAAGAGACCAGGAUGUAACAAUGGCCACGGGGUAAACUUAUGAGAUAAUAGUGGUUACUUUACAUUACAUUAGUGGAAAUGAAGACUUCAAUGCUGCCUUAAACCCUCUAUGUACUCAGCUAGUGAAAUAACAGUUGGGUGGCACGCUGCAAGAACCUAAAUGUAGUUUCACAAUUGUGGUGCCAGGCUAUAAACAAACAGAUUAGAAGUGCAGUAUGUGGAGGGUUUUUGUCAUUCUCUGGUUACAAACCUCUGUUAGGUGGAAAUGGAAAAUGUGUUCAUGUAAAAGAAACUUAACCUUUAUCAUCAGCUGCCAAUUUCAAACAGGCCUUAGGAUCCUCAGAACAUUGUUUGAUUUCUAUGUCUUUUUUAAGAAGAAUUCACAUUGUACAUGUUUUGUAUUUAGAUGUUCUUGAAAACACUAUUUCAAAUUCAUUCAUAUGAUUUUGUUUUUUCCUGGGAUGAAUUCACCAACAUAAAGAGUCCCAAAUUCAGAUCUCGUCCGUCUCCAGCUGUGGAAAGUCUAAAAGAGGCACUCAAGUGUUACUAAAUAGAUUUCUUUUUAUUUUAAUAUUUUUCAUAUCUGCUGCUUUUUUUGACAAACAUGACUCAUCAGAUAAAUGUGUGUGUUUAAAGGGAGUUAAUUUACCCUGUUUUACCCUGUUUUUUACACAACAGGUUUCUCUGUGUUUAAAUGUUUUGCCUCUGUAAUACAAGUAUCCAAUACUAUUUAAUUAAUACAAGUCCUAAGUAAUGAAGUUGUACAAUUUGGGAAAGCCCAGUGGAUUGUUGCCAUCAAAGUUGAACACUCGUACAGUUUAAUUAAUUCUUAAAUCCUACAAAUAAUGUACAUCUAGUCAGAUUAUCACAGUCCCUGAAGACUUGAUUUGACUGUCAGAAGAUUCUUUAGCCAUAAUUAUUACAAGCCAAUCAAAAUGU